GGUCCCUGCCGGCCAAUGGCUUGCUGCUGCGCCUCCUCCGGCCGGGCCGAGGCGGGGGCCGUCACUUCCUUCGCCUCCAGCCGGCACCAGCGAGGCGGAGGAGGAGGAGGAAGGGGCGGGGAGCCUGCCCGCGCCACCAACAUGUCCUUUGAUUUCAGGAGGUUUGACAUCUACAGGAAGGUGCCAAAAGACCUUACGCAGCCAACAUUUACAGGAGCAAUUAUCUCUGUUUGCUGCUGCUUCUUCAUACUGUUUCUCCUUCUGUCUGAGCUCACUGGAUUCAUAGCCACUGAAGUAAAAGAAUGUGAAAGGAACAGAGAAGAUAAAGUCCUAAGUUGUUACAGAAAAAGAGUUAACGAGCUCUACGUGGAGGAUCCAGACAAAGACAGUAGUGGCAAAAUAGAAGUAACUUUGAACAUCAGCUUGCCAAAUCUGCACUGUGAAUUGAUUGGACUGGAUAUUCAAGAUGAAAUGGGAAGACAUGAAAUCGGCCACAUUGACAACUCAGUGAAAAUUCCCCUGAAUAAUGGGGAUGGAUGCAGGUUUGAAAGCCACUUCAGCAUCAACAAGAUUCCAGGAAACUUUCAUGUUUCAACACACAGUGCCACGGCACAGCCUCAGAACCCUGACAUGACACAUGUCAUCCACAAACUAUCUUUUGGGGACCAGUUACAGGCCCAGAAGAUCCGUGGAUCUUUCAAUGCACUGGAAGGGGCAGACAAGCUCAGCUCAAACCCCCUUGCAUCUCACGAUUAUAUACUAAAGAUUGUUCCCACUGUAUAUGAAGACAUGAGUGGAAAACAGCAGUACCCAUUUCAAUAUACUGUCGCUAAUAAGGAGUACGUAGUGUACAGCCAUACAGGGCGCAUCACUCCAGCUAUCUGGUUCCGCUAUGACCUGACUCCCAUCACAUUGAAAUACAUAGAAAGGCGGCAGCCCUUGUACAGAUUUAUCACAACAAUUUGUGCCAUCAUUGGAGGGACCUUCACUGUGGCUGGUAUUUUUGACUCCUGCAUUUUCACUGCCUCUGAAGCCUGGAAGAAGAUCCAGCUGGGGAAGAUGCAGUAGGAAAGCAACUCUCAAUCCGGUUCUGUGAGAAGAAACAAAGAAUGAGAAGUCCACAGCUAUCUUUCUUUCCCUAUUGGUUUAGUUGAUAUAUGUAACAUUGAGUUAGCACUUUGAUAGCUUUUUAAAAGCAGUAAAUGAAACAAAAACAAAAUAAACUACCCGUAUGCCAGCCAAAUCCACCCUAAGUAUAUGGAGGUUAAUUGUGUUAACAAACGGAUAUUUCAAAGAGAGAAAGAAAUGUUAGUUUGUUUCACCAUUAAAGGGAGGAAAGAGAGAGGAGGAGCGUUGUGGCAUUUCUAACCAGUCAUAUUUUAAUAGCUCCAAAUUGUCAAAUAAAACAAAAUCCUUAUUUUAACACAAACAAAAUAAUUAUUUUAAUAUUAAAAAUACUUAUUUUAACAUUAGCUUUUGUGGAUUACAAUCCACUUUUUCAGAUGCAUUGAUGGAGUGCUACAUUGUGUGCACAGUACUCUAUAUAUUAGGCUUGUGCACCGCUUUGGUUUGAUCGGUUCCCUUCAGCCAAUCUGGCUUGUUUGGCUGGCUGUAAUGGUAAGGACUCAGCCGCCAUGUUUUUUCCAGCCAAAACGGCCCGUGUGACUGCCGGGCAUGGCUUCUUCCCUUCUAUCCAGGAGCAUGUGGUACAUGCUUCCUUAACCCUGUUCCUCAAACCCAGGCUCCCUCAAAAGAAGAAAGAAAAGGAGCCCAGGAUGGGUAAUUCCUUAACCCUAUUCCUCAAACCCAGGCUUACUUGAAAAGAAGGAGGGAAAAAGGAGCCCAGGAAGGAUGCUUCCUUCACCCUGUUCCUCAAAUCCAGGCUCCCUUGAAAGAAAGAUAGGAAAGGGUCACAGGAACCGAAAGGGGAGCCUUGUAAGUUCCCCAUUCUCACCAAUGGGCCGGAUGUUCCUACAUAGCCGAAAACAGAUUUUUCCAUUAGCCAAUUUUUGAGAGGCUCCCAAAAAUGGAUCUGGGUACCCAAUGAAAUUCGGAUACUAAAAACAGAUCGCCCUCCAGCCAAAUUGCACAAGCCUACUAUAUAUGCAUCUAUACUGUGAAGCAUUUGUUCUCAAGGGAAAAACAAAAUACAUUGAGGGAAAUGACAUGCAAAUAUUUUGGGGGGCAGUUCCUGGAAAGCUCUUUGGAGAGAUGCUCUUGACAAGUGGUAGUGUUAAAUAGGACAGAUAUUAACAGUACCUGUUUCCCUAACAAAUUUAGGAAACAGUUAAUUUAUUUCCCAGCAACUGACUAUCCAGUCUGAGUGUUUACAGAUAGUAUAAAGUAACUGAAAACUUGAACAUAAUGAAUGAGAUGAGAAUAUAAGAGUUGGCUUUGUAUAAAAGAGGGAGCUUCUAUACGACUCGUUCAAAGCCUUUGAUAUGACGAAGGGAAGGAGAAGGUACGAAGGAUUCAAGUAACCUGGACAGGAAAUACAUGUGUAUUCCAUAUAUGCAGAACAAAUAGGAUGUAGCCCACGCUAUGAGGAAUCCCAAUACUUGCAUACCGCCUUCAAUGACACACCACCUUCAAUUUUAAUUUCCUAAUAUUUUCCUGAAUAUUACUUACUGAUGCCUAAGAUACUCCACAGCACUUUGAGGAAUAUGAUAAAGUUGCUACACAGAGAUUUUCCUACUGAUAUAUUUCAUUUUGAAGUACUGUAUAUAACAAUAGGUUGUUAACUCCCAAAAAAGAGUCCUGGGAGGCAAAACUUUUACCAAGAAUAAUUUUUUUUGAUAAGACUGUCGACAUAGGAAACUAGAAUAGGAUAUUUCCAAAGACCUCAAAUAGCCCUUUGUUAUAUGAACCAACUGAUAACAUUACAUGAUUUUUAUACUACCUGGGAUUGCAUACACAUCUGCUGUGUGUUUUCUAGGUUUUGCUGCACUUCUUAAAACAAAAACUAAGGAUGUCCAUGUUACAAUUUGGAGAAAAGUAUCCAUCAGUUGGAACAGUGUGUGGUCCUAUAAGGGUUGCCUUUUAAAAAAAAAAAUUAAAGUGUCAAAUUGAUACAGUGUGACUAAGUAACUUUGGCCCAGAUGUAUUUCAAACUAUAAUUCUGUGUAUUUUUUUUUCUCCGUAAAUCCCACUCAAUUCAAUGGCGUCAUUCUUAAACAAAGAAAUAUAAGAUUACAGCCUUUAUCUAUCCAGUAUGCCUGUUGAAAAAAUCACGGUGUUUGGGUAUAGGGAAGAUAGUUGGGUUUUGUCUAUUAAAAAUUGUAUGGAUUUUUUUCAUUAUCCCUUUCUUUCCUGAUUUUUUUUCUCAAUCUCUUUACAGUGAUAUCUAUACAUCUUUACAUUUUCCCCUACUUUUCUUAUGAAAUAACUUGCUACCUUGGUGUAAAACUGGAUUUUAUAAAUUCUUGUACCUUGUUUAAUAUUUGGAUGGAUUUUAUACAUUUUUUCAUUCGCAAAAAUCAAGUUGAAAAUAAUACAUGUGUGUUAUUUCAA